UGGUGCAGCCGCGGGGGCUGACCUUGAGCAUCAACAACUGGGAUGACCAACUCCAACUGUUAUAUCGAUCGCCUGCCGGACGACGCGCUCCGCAUGGUUUUCGAGUCGGUCUGUGAAAAGACCAAGCCGCCUUCCAUGAUUAUUCUAUGCAAAAUGAAGUGCAGAAAGGCAGGUAUUGGGAUGAUUGGCACCAAAAUCAGUGUUGGUAUGAUGAGUCGGAAAAAGAAUCCAAUGGCCCUCCACCAUCGGCUCUCAUUGCAGCAAUGUGUGUGUGCAAACGUUGGCGUUGUCUCAUGUCACAGAUUCCAACACUGUGGACUGUGUUACAAAUCUCCUUUGGCGACUGUGCUGCGUCUCUUGAAAAAGUGCGCACUUUCCUAAAACUUAGUGGAACACAUCCUCUCAAAAUCACGCUACUUUGGAAUGACCCCCACAAUCCCUUCAGCGGAGCCCCCAGGCGGGCCUCCCUUCUUAAUCCGUAUCUCCCCGAACCGGUCGACGAAAGCGUAGCUGGUGCUUACCUCGUCCUGAUCAUCCUGGAGUUACAUGCUCAUGUGCACCGUUGGCGCGAGUUUACGCUGAGGACAACCUCAAAAAUGCACAUCCGUCAAGCGCUUGUACUUAUUUCGCGUUCCUCCGUUCAUCCAGCCCAUAUGCUAGAAAAACUGCAUGUUCAACUCGUACACGACCAAUUGAAUGUAGACCCCGACCAUCAUGAACCGUUGAUUUUUCCUGGUUCAGCACCUCCCAUCAAUGAUCUUAUCCUUUUUGGCACAAGUUGGUCCUGGCUCUCACCCUCCAUAUUUUCACCACAUCUCGUCAAUUUGCGAAUACACUACUGCACAAGUGGCGGUAACAUAAAUAUAGCCACUACAGUAGAUGUUUUGUUGCAACUCCUUGGUGCACUCGUCAAUCUGCAGACCCUCGCACUCGAAUUGGAUAUGGAUCCACCUGAAGACAUCAUGUCUCCCAUUGCACUACCCCGCUUGCACUACCUAGCUAUGAAAUCGAGGAAGAUGGACUGUUGGAUUGCAGAUUUUCUCCACUAUGUUCAUAUGCCCAAUCUUCGGAUAUUGACCCUGGAUGGCGCUCUGGGUCAGUUCGUGCUGGUCGAGAUUCAAUUCGGAGGUAUCCUCCAAGGGUUGAUCAGGCUUACCGACAAAAAUUCUUCUAGCUCUCUUCUAGAGCUGGAUGAACUCCAUCUCGUUAAUUUCGCGCAUCGUGCAGAUCCUCAGCUCCUUCAUCGCCUGUGUAAACAAAUGACUAGUGUCAAGGUAUUGACACUGGGGCCAGGAGGGUUCUAUGGGAAUAAUGCGUUUGCAAUGGGACUACUCCCCACGUCUCGCGAACUUGCGGAUUUCCCUUUCCCGGGACUUCGGACCCUGAUCGUUUUUGAUAUUCCAAUAAGCUUCGUGCGGCGCAUCGUUCUAGAACGACUUUCGCUCGUUGGUCCGUUGGAGGAGCUUUAUUAUCAAGAGCCUGACAGCCGACCGGUACCAGAGGAGGAGGAGGAGGAGGAGGAGGAUAUAAUUGUCCCAGACGAUUGGCAACAUCAAGUCGAGAAGUACCAUCAUAUUGAUAAUCUGGAAUCUGAUCGUUAUUGUGAUGUAGUUAGCAGGCGGUGGUCGUACUUAGCCUAGUACCUCGAUCAGUCCCCUACUGUGUUGCGCGUGUCGCUCAUGACUUGUGUCGGUAU